AUGGACAAUCAACGCGAGAUCCACGGCCGCAAGCCCACCGACCUGGAGAGGCAUGUUAUGUUCUGGGACGGUGAUGGCGACGGAUUCAUCCAUGCGUCCGACAUUUGGCGUGGCUUCCGCGACCUUGGGUUUUCAAUCCCAUACUGCCUCGUCAGCCUUUUGAUCCCCCUCCUGUUCUCGUAUGCUACACAGCCAGGCCACCCUCACCACGCCAAACGAGAUCCACGCUUCCGAAUCUGCGUGCGGAACGUCGACCGGACGAUUCACAGCAGUCACACUGGGGUGUUUGACGACAGCGGUCGUUUCGACCAGGGCAAGUUCGACGCCAUGUUUGACCGGUUCGAUACGGCCCGCAAAGGACGUUUGACCACGGUUGAGCUCUUCCAAAUGUGGAGAGCCAACUGCAACCGUAACGACCCGGGAGGCUGGCUCUAUAGUUUUAUGGAGUUCCUCACGACAUGGCUACUGAUCCAAGAGCAUGGACAGAUAUCAAAGGCUGAUCUUCAAGGAUGCUACGAAGGAAGCUUAUUUUACACCAUCAGACGCGGUCGAAGGGCGGAGCGAAGAAAACAAGCAUAA